AUAGACUUGCGGUGUCAAUCAUCUUCUUCUUCGUCAGCCUCCCUUCCACCGCCAUAUUGGGCAACUAAAAAAAGGGGGCUCGUCUUUUCGGGGUGUUUUUCUCCCCCUCCCCUGUCCCCACUCUCUCGCCGCUCCGCGACUCCGACGCCGGCAAGGUUUGGAGAUCCGCUCGGUCGGCGGGACCCGCGGGCUCGCAGCUGCCCGGACUCGGACUGGCUCUGCCCCCUCCUCUCUCCGCUGCGCUCCUCUCCCCUCCCCUCCCCUCCCCGCCUCCCGCUCGCCCGUCCACUUGAUCGGCGGGGACUCGGGGCUGCCUGGCCGGGGCUGCCCCUCGCCCCCUCCCCCAGCCCCGCGCGCUCCUGACGCUCGGGCACUUACUCGUCCGUGUUUGUUUCUCUUGGCUCGGAGGGCAGUCGCAGGGCUUAUAAGAGGGGCUCGGGCUGGGUCGGGGCGUUUUGUUUUGUUCGUUUUGUUUUGCGAGAGCGCAAGAGAGGCGGUCGCCGAGCCCGGGGAGGAAGAUGUCAAACGUGCGAGUGUCUAACGGGAGCCCGAGCCUGGAGCGGAUGGACGCCAGACAGGCGGAGUACCCCAAGCCCUCGGCCUGCAGAAACCUCUUCGGCCCGGUCAAUCACGAAGAGUUAACCCGGGACUUGGAGAAGCACUGCAGAGACAUGGAAGAGGCCAGCCAGCGCAAGUGGAAUUUUGAUUUUCAGAAUCACAAGCCCCUGGAGGGCAAAUACGAGUGGCAAGAGGUGGAAAAGGGCAACUUGCCCGAGUUCUACUACAGACCCCCGCGGCCACCCAAAGGCGCCUGCAAGGUGCCGGCGCAGGAGGGCCAGGAUGUCAGUGGGACCCGCCAGGCGGUGCCUUUAAUUGGGUCUCAGGCAAACUCAGAGGACACGCAUUUGGUAGACCAGAAGACUGAUGCACCGGACAGCCAGACGGGGUUAGCGGAGCAGUGCACUGGGAUUAGGAAGCGACCUGCCACAGACGAUUCCUCUCCUCAAAACAAAAGAGCAAACAGAACAGAAGAAAAUGUUUCAGACGGUUCCCCGAACGCGGGUUCAGUGGAGCAGACGCCCAAGAAGCCCGGCCUCAGAAGGCGUCAAACGUAAAGUACUCGAAUUGAGAGUAUGUUUCCUUGUUUAUCGGAUACAUCACUGCUUGAUGAAGCAAGGAAGAUAUAAAUUAAAAAUUUUGAAUACAUAUCGCUGACUCCACGGAGUGGACAUCCUUUAUAAGCACUGAACAGCAACAACCCAAUAACACUAAAGUUUUAGGCACUCUUAAAUCAUCUGCCUCUAAAAGCAUUGGAUGUAGCAUUGUGCAAUUAGGUUUUUCCUUAUUUGCUUCAUUGUACUACCUGUGUAUAUAGUUUUUACCUUUUAUGUAGCACAUAAACUUU